AUGGCGCCAAGCGCGAUUGACAAGACAGUUGGCGUUGACGGCCGUCACACGGGAGACGUCUCAGGCAGCUACGAGGUCUCCAACGUCCACUUCUCCCCCCUCAAAGACGUCAAUGAGCAGGUCCGCGGGCCGGCCUCCGGGGCUACCAAGCUUCGAAAGAUGCUCUUGGAAACCAACGAGCUCAUUGUGUGCCCUGGCGUCUAUGACGGCCUUUCUGCUCGCACGGCCAUUGAGCUUGGAUUCGACGCCAUGUACAUGACUGGUGCUGGCACCACAGCGUCUCGUCUAGGCCAGCCGGAUCUGGCCAUUGCCCAGCUGCACGAGAUGCGCGACAACGCCGAAAUGAUUGCCAACUUGGAUCCCUUUGGUCCCCCGCUCAUUGCGGACAUGGACACCGGCUACGGAGGCCCCAUCAUGGCAGCCCGCACCGUGGAGCAGUACAUCCGGGCGGGCGUGGCCGGCGCCCAUCUCGAGGACCAGGUGCUGACCAAGCGGUGCGGCCACCUGGGCGGCAAGAGAGUCGUCCCGCGGGAGGAGUACUACGCGCGGGUGCGCGCGGCCCACGCGGCCAGGCUGCGCAUGCGCUCCGACUUUGUGCUGAUUGCGCGGACCGACGCGCUGCAGACGCUCGGGUACGACGAGUGCAUCGAGCGCCUGCGCGCGGCGCGCGACCUCGGCGCCGACGUGGGCAUCGUCGAGGGCUUCGCCUCCAAGGAGCAGGCGGCGCAGGCGGUCAAGGACCUGGCGCCCUGGCCGCUGCUGCUCAACAGCGUGGAGAACGGGGCGAGCCCGACCAUCACCGUCGACGAGGCUCGGCAGAUGGGCUUCCGCGUCGUCAUCUUCUCGUUUGCCUGCCUGGCCCCGGCGUACCGGGCCAUCAGGGAGACGCUGAUGCUGCUCAAGACGGCCGGCGUGGUCGGCACGCCCAAGGACCUGACGCCGGUGCGCUUGUUCGAGGUGUGCGGCCUGAAACACUGCAUGACCGUCGACGCCGAGGCGGGCGGCUUGUCCUUUGCGGACGGCGUGUAG